AUAUUGAUGGCGCACUCAGACGUUGUCCCAGCAGAGACGUCUCCCUACGCAAAAUGGACAUAUCCUCCCUUUUCUGGACACUACGACGGAGAAUUUAUCUGGGGUCGUGGCUCUGAAGAUGACAAGUCGAACCUCAUCGCUAUUCUAUCUGCUAUCGAUUGCCUAAUAUCCCAUGGAUUUUCACCCCUCAGAACCGUUAUCAUCUCCAUCGGAUUCGAUGAAGAAGGGGGUGCUGAACAGAGUUACGGAGCUCGAUGUCUUGCGGAACUGCUCCUUGCAAGAUAUGGACAUGACGGUAUUGAGAUGAUAUUCGAUGAAGGCGUUGCGGUCAUUCAAAUACACUUUGGCACCGAGUUUGCAUUACCAGCAACCGCCGAGAAGGGCUAUGUGGACGUCUCUGUCACGGUCAAUGUUCCUGGGGGUCACUCCUCCACGCCCCCUGAUCAUACUGCCAGCAAGUUUGGCUUGCUCGCUCAGGUCAUCGCCAUCAUCGAGGACCAUCCCUUUGCCCCUUAUAUCUCGCGUAGAAACCCGACCUUAACAUAUCUGCAAAGAGCUGCCCGCUUCUCAAAAUCUAUGCCAGAUGAGUUACGCAAAGCCAUACUUGAUGACAAGUCGUCUGAAGAGCUAUUGAAGUAUCUGGAAGCGUCUAGAGAUAGACGAGCCCUUGUUCGGACCACCACCGCUGCUGAUCUCAUUUCUGGUGGCGACAAAGUAAAUUCCCUUCCCGAGACAGCCAAUGUUGUGAUUAACCAUCGCAUUGCGGUUGAAGAUUCGGUCAGAACGGUGAAAGAUCACUACAUCAACUUACUUCAACCAUGGGCAAAAAACCGUAGGUGUCAGUUUGAGGCUUUUGGCCUGUCGGUUAGCGAGCGCCCUAUUCCGCCGGUUUCUAUGAUCGAAGCCAACAACAACGACGAUGACCACACGGGUAAACUAACCUUGAGUGCACACUAUGAACUUGAGGCCUCACCCGUCACAAGUGCCGAUGAUGUGCACUUUGAGUGGAUUUCAACCACACUGAGCCGUGUCUUUGGCCCAGAUCUAAUUGUUGCGCCGGUGCUACUCUCAGGUAACACCGAUACUCGAUACUACUGGGGAUUAUCGAAACACAUAUAUCGCAUGUCCCCAUGGAGGGCUAGUCACGACCCACGAGGAUCGCGAAUGCAUACAGUCGAUGAGCGCAUGCCUGUGAAAGGUCUCCUAGAGAUGGUGCGGUUUUACUACGAGUUAAUCUGUGUGGUGGAUGAGAAGAGAGCGUGAUAUGAUAGGAAGUUGGUGAGAGGAUUCAAAAGAACAAGUUCCAACGUUUCCCUCCAUUGCUGUCAUGGCGCAAAUCUAGUGCCC